AUGAAGGAUGAGUAUGCUUCAUUCAAGGAAGAAAGUAGAGAUCACUUGGCCAUUGUAAACACUGAUGAGGAAACAGCCAGGCAAAGACCAAAGAGCUGUCCAGACUCUGCCCCGUGCACAGACAGAGACAAGCUGAGGCUCAGGAACGGAGACAACAAAUGCUCAGGGAGAGUGGAGGUGUGGCACAAAGGCUCCUGGGGAACAGUGUGCGAUGACUCCUGGGGCCUGGCAGAGGCCGAGGUGGUGUGUCAGCAGCUGGGCUGUGGCCCUGCCUUGGAUGCCCUGGGAGAAGCUGCAUUUGGCACUGGAAAUGGAAGCAUCUGGCUGGGUGAUGUGGAGUGCCGGGGCUGGGAGUCCUCCCUGUGGGCCUGUGCCAGGGCACCCUGGGGAAAAAGUGACUGCACCAGUUCAGCCUCAACCUAUGUCCCUGGCAACUUCUUAUAUCAGAUGCUCUGCGUCAUCUUU